AUGCAACAUUUAAGACGUCUUCAAGUGAAGGGCCAAAGUUGGGGAGAGAUAGAAGGGCAUCCAAGGCUUGAGCAGAUAAAUAAACUCCAGACUCUAUCAGAUGUAAAGGCUGGUAAAUGGAUGGAGGGUUGCUUGGGAAACCUCACCAAUCUUAGAAAAUUAGGAAUUCGUUUAUCUACAGAAGCAGAUGCUGAGGUAUGGUAUGAAUCGAUUGCCAAUCUGGUCUGCCUCCAGUCUCUGACAGUAGUGGCAUUAGGUAAGGAAUUGGAAACCAUAGGGUUGUCGGUUCCUCCUCUUUCACAUCUUCUCAGGUUAAGUAAGUUGCGUUUACAAGUAAAGUUAGAGAAGUUACCUGAGUCUACUGAAUUCCCAACAAACCUCAGCAAGCUUAUCUUGUCCGACUCCUGUUUAGAGCAAGACCCAUUGGCGACGUUGGAGAAGCUGAAAAAUCUUCGUAUUCUCAGACUAUACGGUUCAUUCGAGGGAGUGGAGAUGGCCUGCUCUGCACAAGGGUUUCCUCGCCUUGAAUCCUUACAUCUUCAAUUCUUACCUCAAUUAGAGGAGUGGAGAGUGGAGGAAGGAGCUAUGCCUAGUCUUUUACAUUUAAAGAUCAAAAACUGCCGGCGAUUGAAUCAGCUUCCAGGAGGAUUGCAACACUUGACUUCACUCAAGAAACUGGAAUUGUGGGAGAUGGCCGAUGAAUUCAAAGAAAGGCUUCGAGAAGACGGGGGAGACGAUUGGCAUAAGAUUCGGCACAUACCCUCCAUCCACACAUGGCAAUAG